AUGGAGGAGCACACUGCGUACUGUCUGCUGGGCCUUUUCGGAACCAGCAUGCCCCUGCUGUACGGGGAGGGAAGCAAAGCCUUCGCCCGACCGCAAGAAGAGAUCAUCAAAUCGUCGAACUUGACAACGAUUUUCUGCUGGUCUUGGACCAAAUCGGUCCCCGCACACUGGACGAGCUUGUUUGCGCCUUCUCCAGAGGCCUUUCAGGGCUACGCCGGAGUCCGCUGGGAAACCCGACAGGAUGCGGAAACCCUCCGUGACACGGUGACAUACUACAUUACCAAUGCGGGCCUGUCCAUUCGGCUGCCUGUUCUCGUCACUAUGGCUGACUACAUUGUUUCUUUGAAUGGUUCGCGUACGUACGAAGACCCGGCAGGCAAUGGUAUUUCAUUUACGGAAGCCAUGAAUCCCCGUCCUCCGGAAAGAUGA